GCUCUUUUUUCUAUUCUUUUAUAGUACUCCCUCCGUCCCCCAUAGAUCUUCCCAAUACCCCUUUUUCUUUGUCCACAAUAGAUCUUCUCAUUUCAUUUUUUAACAAUUAAAAUACCACAACUACACCCACUUACUUUAUUUAUUACACCUCACCCAUCUCAUUUAAUACACUCCACCCAAUUUCAUUAAGGGUAUUAUGAUAAACUUUUGCCUUUUUUCAACUCUCCUUAAAAACCACCAAAAGUCAAAAUGAGAACAUCUUAGGUGGACGGAGGGAGUAUUACUUUUCUCAACUUGUACAACUCGGAAUGGACCACUUGAGGCCGGCGACGUCCCUUUGAGGGACCUAUGAAGCUAGAGUGGUCUUCUUGAGGCUAGAUCCGUCCACUGGAUGGAUCCCAGAAGUUCGAACGGUCCACUUGAGGCCGGCGCCAUCUAUUUGAGGUACCCAUGAAGCUGGAGCGGUCCACUUGAGGCCGAAUCUGUCCAUUUGAGGGACCUAUGAAGCUAGAACGGUCCACUUGAGGAUGGAUUUGUCCAUUUGAGGGACCUAUUAAGCUGGAACGGUCCACUUAAGGUUGGAUCUGUCCAUUUGAGGGACCCAUGAAACUGGAAUGGACCGCUUAAGACUAGACUCGUCCCUUGGAUGGAUCCUAGAAGUUAGAAUGGUCCACUUGAGGCUAGGGCCGUCCACGGGAUGGAUCUCUAAAGUUGGAACGGUCUAUUUGAGGUCGGCGCCGUCCUUGGCUCGCUGGAGGAAGAUAGAGCUCGCCGGAGGCUCGCUAGAGAGGACCGCCGGAGAGGACCGCCGAAGAGGACCGCGGAGAGGACCGCCGGAGAGGACCGCAGAGAGGACCGCCAGAGAGGACCGCCGGAGAGGACCGCAGAGAGGACCGCCGGAGUGGACCACCGGAGAGGACCGUCGGAGAGGACCGCUGCUCUAGUGGCUUGUUUGGGAGACUCGCUGGACCUGGUGGUGGACCGACGGAAGGAGUGGCUUGUCAGAGAGGACUAGGAGUGGCUCACUAGGGUGCUGGAUCGGCUCGCCUCAAGGAAGAGAGGCUCACCGGUGCUCGCCGGUGUUCGUCAAAGCUCGCCAAAGGCCUGUCGAUGCUCGCAGUUGGUUGUCGCCGGAUCUGUGAAGAAGACCACUCCUCCCUUUUCCCUAUUCUUUUCUCCUUUUCUACUUUUUUUAUCCUUGUUUCUCACUUCGUGCCUUUCUUCUCUAUCCCUCCUCUUUUUUUGUUUUGUUUUUUACUUUCACCCUCACUUUUUCUCUCUAUUACGAACUCGAGCACACAAGUUUUUCGUGACUGGGUGCCACGGUCGGCGCUAGUGAUGGAAACCGUUUUUUCGGGGCGUCGACCUGACAAACUCGGUACCGGGUCGGCACCGCACCAAAUAGCAAAAUCCGGAAAAUAAAUAAAGUGGAGAGCAAGUAUUUAUACGUGGAAACCCAAAUCGGGAGAAAACCACGGGCCUUUUUAGGCGAUGUCAUGCCAAAAGGGAGGAACUUUUAAUAAUCUCAGUGGAAUUUACAUAUACAUCAUUGUAGGAGCUUGGAGCCAUUAAUAGAGCUCCAAGACACACACUCCAAAGCGCGCCAGCAACAAAAAAAAUAUAAUAAAGAGAGAGAUAGAAAAGAAUGGCACCGGCACAGUGCAAAGGGAAUAUGGAGGGGGAGCCUCAUGCUAAGAUUCCAAUCAUAAAGUUCACCAAGUUAUUCAUCAAUGGAGAGUUUGUUGAUUCUCUUUCAGGAAGAAGAUUUGAUACAAUAGACCCGAGAAAUGGAGAAGUGAUGGGAAGAAUAGCCGAAGGGGACAAGGAAGACGUUAACUUAGCCGUCAAAGCCGCUCGCCGGGCGUUUGAUCAUGGCCCAUGGCCUCGACUUUCUGGCACGGAGAGAGGAAAGGCAUUGCUGAAACUAGCCGACUUGAUAGAGGAAAAUGUAGAACAACUAGCAGCAUUGGAUACGGUGGAUGCCGGAAAACUGUUUACAGAUGGGAAGCAUAUAGAAAUACCUUCCGUUGCAGGGAUUUUUCGUUACUAUGCUGGUGCAGCUGACAAAAUCCACGGCACGACCCUCAAGAUGUCGCGUGGCCUGCAAGGAUAUACCUUACGGGAACCCAUAGGCGUCGUUGGACACAUUAUUCCAUGGAAUUUCCCAUCUCUGAUGUUUGCGAUUAAGGUUGCCCCGGCAUUAGCAGCUGGUUGUACCAUGGUUGUAAAGCCUGCAGAACAGACUCCCCUCUCUGCUCUCUAUUAUGCUCAUUUGGCUAAGUUGGCAGGAGUCCCAGAUGGAGUCCUCAAUGUCAUUACAGGAUUUGGCCCGACUGCUGGUGCUGCCAUUAGCUCUCACAUGGACAUUGAUAAGGUAAGUUUCACCGGGUCGACAGAGGUAGGGCGCCUGAUAAUGCAGGCUGCAGCAACUAGCAAUCUGAAAUCUGUUGCCCUAGAGUUGGGUGGCAAAUCCCCUUUCAUAAUCUUUGAUGAUGUAGACGUUGAUAAGGUUUCAGAACUUGCUCUAUACGGCGUCACAUAUAACAAGGGUGAAAUAUGUGUGGCUGGCUCUCGUGUGUUCGUCCAAGAAGGAAUUUAUGACAAGUUUGUUGAGAAAGUGGUGCAAAAGGCAAAAGAAAGGGUGGUUGGAGACCCAUUCGAUCCAAAUGUGCAACAGGGACCCCAAGUGGACAAGAAUCAGUUUGAGAAAAUACUGUCAUACAUUGAGAUUGGAAAGAGGGAGGGUGCUACAUUGCUAACUGGUGGCAAUCCAAUUCACAGAAAAGGGUACUUCAUAGAGCCAACUAUAUUCACAAAUGUCACGGAUGAUAUGCUGAUUGCGAAAGACGAAAUUUUCGGACCUGUUAUGUCUAUACUAAGAUUCAAGACUACAGAGGAAGUUAUAAAGAGAGCCAAUGACACAAAGUAUGGACUAGCAGCAGGAAUUAUGACAAACAACUUCAACACAGCCAACACAGUUUCAAGAUCAAUAAGAGCAGGCACUAUUUGGAUCAACUGUUAUUUUGGUUUCGAUCCAGACUGUCCGUUUGGAGGGUACAAAAUGAGCGGCUUGGAUAGAGAUAUGGGGAUGGAAGGCCUUUACAAGUAUCUUCAAGUUAAAUCAGUUGCUACUCCAGUUUAUGAUUCUCCAUGGAUGUAAACUUUAUUUAUGCUUCUAAAUUUAGUAGAUUCUUGCAUGAAUAAGAGAUAAUGAGGAUAGAAAACAUAAAUUAUGUACCCCACAAUAAUAAAAUGAUGUAAUAACAUGAUGUUUUUCACCAGCACUGAUGAGUAGAACCUUCAAUAUUUUGCGCAGAAAACCCAUGCUUUUUCGGGUCUCCAUUUAAAAAAAAAACCUUUCAGAUCUUUUUUUGGGGACCAAGUUCUAUGAUACGGCAAUGUAUCAAAUAAAGAAGGGAGAUUGAG